CAACAGUCCAUGGCUUUGAGCGCGCACAGCAUAGGUAGAGUUCGGAGGGUCCGGCAGUCCCCUCUCUAUCUCUCUCCCUCUGUUUUUUUUGUUUCUCUCUCUCUCUCUCUUUUUCUGGCUCUUUCUCUGAUUCGUCCCUCCUUCUUGCCUUGUUGUGCCAACGAUGUGUGGCCAAUCGUCCUUGACAUUCGUUGGUGUGUUUUGCGUGCUCAUUUCAAACGGCCAACACACUUCGUCGCUUCCUCCUAAAGUGGACAGCUGCUGCUGGGGUUAGUCGCGCUGGGAACAUAAUGUGAGGAAACACAUUGUUCAUGAUGGGCCCGUUGUUAUUGCAUCUGAUUGCAGAUGGGUUGGGUUGGGUCCGUCCCUGCGUAUGUUCACCCCGUUCCCUCUCCCUCCUCUCUUUUGCUUGCCCUACUGUAGUUGCGUGUUUCAGGGACGUGUUCUUGCAUAAGAACGUCAUCAAUGCCGUUCCGAAGAUAGGGACGAGGGUCGCUUUCAAGCUUGGCAUCGACGAGAAAGGCGCGCCCAAAGCCGAAGAGGCCACUGUGGUCACCACUGGCGUCGCUGAGGGCGUGGCCAACGGCGGCGCCGAGGGAAAUGCGAGCGCCGCCGCGGCGGCCCCGCCGCGGGCUGCGGGCGCCGCGGGGGCGCCGCUGAUCAAGAGGGCAGCGUUGAUGAUAUCCCGAGGCGACCAGGUGCUUGUCGCCCGAGAGAUGAAGGACGACAAGCUGCUGUGGAGCGAUCUGGGCGGCAAGGUCGAGGAGGGCGAGUCGUUGCUGGAGUGUGCGCUCCGCGAGAUGGCCGAGGAGGCCGCCGGCUUCAUCUCGCCCGCGUCGCUUUCACUGCUGCAGCUCGGGCUGCGGCAGCGCUACGGCGGCGACAACUGCGGGCCAGAGGUCGUGACCCUCCGGAGCGGCGGGUCCAGACCGCAGGAUGUCCAGUGCUUCAUCCGCGCAGCACCCGUCGUGAUCGUCCGCUCAGGUUCUGCAUGGUGUUGUGAGCAAUCGUGGAGUGAGCGCCCGUCGUGUUGGGGCCGUGUUGCCCCGGGAGUGGGAAUUCGCAGUGCUUGACAUGAUUCGUGGGAAGGCUUGGAUCCCAAGAUCAUCCAGGGAGUACGACCAUACGGCUCCUUGCCGUGUUCAGGGGGGAAUUCAAUCUUCCUCAACGAGAGGGAUAGAUUUCGAUGCGAACGGGCACCGCUGCGAAUGAAUUCAUGUUCGCGUUCAGUUUUCGCCAGUCUUCAUCGCAGCCAUUCUAGCCUGCAGCAUUCUCUUCCCCGUCGUUCUCGCCCUCGCCAUCGUCUUGUUCGUCAUCGUUCCCUCUCAUCCCGCCUACCCC